UUCAGUCGUUUUAAAACAUAUUUUGUAGAAUAAAAUUUUUAUAAUAAAAUUAAUAUUUAUUUGCUAAUCAGUAAGUCACUUGUCACACGAACUUUCUAUUUAGACAAUUUCAAAUAAGAUCGAUAUAUGUAUAUGUAUAUAAUAACUAAUGCAUGAGGAGGAAAAAAGCCAAAUUUGAUCGAAACUAAAUGAUAAUUUUCGAAUUUUCUUAAUUUAGUUAAUUUGUAUAGGUUAUAGGUCCCUUUCUUAGAGAGAUAUCGAUGAUGUCAGACACAUUGGAUAAAAUGAAUAAGUUAUUAGGGCCGAAGGAUCGCAUAAGCGGAAAGUGUCUAUACGUGCAAAAUGAAAAUCCGAUGCUUCUGAUGCUGGAAGAUCUCACGCUCCUCGGCUAUCGCUUAGCCGAUCGUAUGUCUGGAUUUGACCUAGUUCAUUCCAUAUUGGCACUUCGCGCACUAGCCAGGUUUCAUGCAACCUCUGUAGCCAUAUGCGAAAAGGAACCAAAGCAAAAGGAGUUGUAUUCGAUCGGGGCAUUCGACAAUCAGCACCCGCAAGAAGUAAAAGAUUUUUUUAUUAUGAGUUUUAAAGCUUUUGCAAAGGAGAUUGCAAACUGGCCAGAAGUGAAAAAAUACUCGGAAAAAAUUAAUAAACUCACCGAUCACAUAUAUCAAAUUGGAAUAAAUGCAACUAAGCUCUCUGAAGAUGACUUUAAUGUCAUUAAUCACGGUGAUUUUCACGUGAAC